AUGCGUGUCAGCGUACUUCUUCCACAGUUCUUCUUGCCUCCAUCUGCUAUUAAGCUGGGACGUUUCGUCACCAAUAUUGACGAGCCUCACCGAGAUUACCUUGAUCCGAUACCAGGGGAAAGUCUCAGUGUUAUCGAAAAAGUUGAAACGCAGUACGACAGUGCCGACUCUCUUGGGGUCCGACGUAAAUUUGGUUCUCAGCUUACCGCCUUCCUCUCCUCGUCCGUGUCAAGCCGUACGAAUGCCUCGAUUCACAUCAAUACGGAACAAGUGAAGACCUAUUACCUGGAUAAUAAUGGGCAGUGGUUCCGGGAUACUGUGAAAUCAGAAGAUGUCCGCAAGUGGAUUGAGCGUACUAUCGAUGAGGGAGAGGAUAUAUAUGUUGUGAUCGGUUACCAUACUGUCUUAGAUGCUCGUAUUGCCGAGCAGUCACGAGGACAGAAACUUCUAGAUGGAAAUCUGGCUGUGCCGGUUUCGAGUAUGCUAUUGGCAUCAGGAGUGGUUGUGCCAUUUGGUGAUCUAGUUGACCCUAAAUUAUCCGGGUCUAGUGGCCGUGUGAAAGACUUGCAACGGCACUUUGUUGCCCAAGGCGAGCAGAUUAUCGCUGUACAAUAUCGCAAGGUUCGAUUUCGGUUUCUGUCAAGCAAAAGCGUUGACAAUGCAACGCUAGCUAAAGAGGCGAGAUGGGAGAGACAUGACCGUCCUCGUUACCUUCAAAGCGAUAUGGAAGAUAUGGUAGAGGUCGCAUUGGAUGAUGACCUGUCACUUGGAGGUGACCGUGACAAGUGUAUAGCAGGAUCGGAGGAAAUUGUAUUUUCGAAUGUUGGCAUUGAUUAA